UCUUCCUCCUCCCUGCCACUGCCAGCUUCGGUUCCAACGGGCGGCUACUGCUGCUCAUGCAAACCCACCGGCUUCUGUCGGCUACUUCAACUUCUCGCGGACACCACCUGGGCUACCUCUAAACUAUAAUUAUAAAUGCGCACACUCCACUGCUUUCUCCUUCUCGGUCCUCUGUCUGAAACCUUAAGUCUAGAUUUUGAUUCUUCAGACUAGGCUUGAGUGAUGGGGGAAGCCGCCGGCGACCGCGUCCUCAGCCGCCUCCACAGCGUCAGGGAGCGCAUCGGCGACUCCCUCUCCGCGCACCCCAACGAGCUCGUCGCCGUCUUCACCAGGUUGGUCAACCUUGGAAAUGGAAUGCUGCAGUCCCACCAGAUCAUCGCUGAGUACAACACCGCGAUCCCUGAGGCAGAGCGCGAGAAGCUCAAGGAUGGCGCCUUUGAGGAUGUGCUCAGGGCAGCGCAGGAGGCGAUCGUCAUCUCGCCGUGGGUCGCGCUUGCCAUCCGUCCAAGGCCUGGUGUCUGGGAGUAUGUGAGGGUCAAUGUGAGUGAGCUCGCUGUCGAGGAGUUGAGCGUCCCUGAGUACCUGCAGUUCAAGGAACAGCUUGUUGAAGGAAGCAACAAGGACUUUGUGCUUGAGCUUGACUUUGAGCCAUUCAAUGCCUCCUUCCCUCGCCCUUCCCUGUCCAAGUCCAUCGGCAACGGCGUGCAGUUCCUCAACAGGCACCUGUCAUCGAAGCUCUUCCAUGACAAGGAGAGCAUGUACCCCUUGCUCAACUUCCUCCGCGCACACAACUACAAGGGCAUGACUAUGAUGCUGAACGACAGAAUCCGCAGCCUCAGUGCUCUCCAGGGAGCUCUGAGGAAGGCCGAGGAGCAUUUGUCUGGUCUCCCAGCAGACACUCCAUACUCGGACUUCCACCACAGGUUCCAAGAACUUGGCCUGGAGAAGGGUUGGGGUGACUGCGCCAAGCGUGCGCAGGAGACCCUUCACCUGCUCCUCGACCUUCUCGAGGCUCCCGACCCGUCCACGCUCGAAAAGUUCCUUGGCACAAUCCCGAUGGUGUUCAAUGUUGUCAUCCUGUCGCCGCACGGCUACUUUGCCCAAGCCAAUGUCUUGGGGUACCCUGACACCGGAGGCCAGGUUGUCUACAUUCUGGAUCAAGUCCGUGCUAUGGAGAACGAGAUGCUGCUGAGGAUCAAGCAGCAAGGCCUCGACAUCACACCACGGAUCCUUAUUGUCACCAGGCUUCUCCCUGAUGCAACCGGCACGACCUGCGGUCAGCGUCUUGAGAAGGUCCUCGGUACAGAGCACACCCACAUCCUCCGUGUGCCAUUCAGAACUGAAAGUGGAAUUGUUCGCAAGUGGAUCUCUCGUUUUGAAGUCUGGCCGUACCUGGAGACUUUCACUGAAGAUGUGGCUCACGAGAUUUCCGGAGAGCUCCAGGCCAAUCCUGACCUGAUCAUCGGAAACUACAGCGACGGAAACCUUGUUGCGUGCCUGCUUGCACACAAGAUGGGAGUUACUCAUUGUACCAUUGCACACGCGCUUGAGAAAACCAAGUACCCCAACUCUGACCUCUACUGGAAGAAGUUUGAGGACCACUACCACUUCUCAUGCCAGUUCACUACCGAUCUGAUUGCGAUGAACCAUGCUGACUUCAUCAUCACAAGCACCUUCCAAGAGAUUGCUGGAAACAAGGACACCGUUGGUCAGUACGAGUCUCACAUGGCAUUCACAAUGCCUGGGAUGUACCGUGUUGUCCAUGGUAUCGAUGUUUUUGACCCCAAGUUUAACAUAGUCUCACCUGGUGCGGACAUGUCCAUCUACUUCCCAUACUCCGAGUCACAGAGGAGGCUCACCUCCCUCCACCCAGAGAUCGAGGAGCUGCUCUACAGCGAUGUUGACAACAAUGAACACAAGUAUGUGCUCAAGGACAGGAACAAGCCAAUCAUCUUCUCGAUGGCUCGUUUGGACCGUGUCAAGAACUUGACUGGUCUGGUUGAGCUGUAUGGCAAGAACCCUCGCCUGCAGGAACUUGUUAACCUUGUGGUUGUCUGUGGUGACCAUGGCAAUCCAUCAAAGGACAAGGAGGAGCAGGCUGAGUUCAAGAAGAUGUUUGACCUUAUUGAGCAGUACAACCUGAAUGGCCAUGUCCGCUGGAUCUCAGCCCAGAUGAACCGUGUCCGUAAUGCUGAGCUCUACCGUUACAUCUGUGACACCAAGGGUGCCUUUGUGCAGCCUGCUUUCUAUGAGGCUUUUGGGCUUACUGUCAUCGAGGCCAUGACCUGCGGUCUUCCUACCUUUGCAACUGCAUAUGGUGGUCCUGCUGAGAUCAUCGUGAAUGGUGUGUCCGGCUACCACAUUGAUCCCUACCAGGGUGACAAGGCCUCCACUCUGCUUGUUGAGUUCUUUGAGAAGUGCCAGGUUGACCCCAGCCACUGGACCAAGAUUUCACAGGGCGGGCUUCAGCGUAUUGAGGAGAAAUACACCUGGAAGCUUUACUCUGAGAGGCUCAUGACCCUCACUGGGGUGUAUGGGUUCUGGAAGUACGUCUCCAACCUUGAGAGGCGCGAGACCCGCCGCUACCUUGAGAUGCUGUACGCCCUCAAGUACCGCACCAUGGCCAGCACUGUUCCGCUAGCUGUUGAGGGAGAAUCAGCAAGCAAGUGAUCUCGCCACCUCCAUGCCGAAAGAAGGGUGGCUUGGAUUCCUGCAAAGAUUGAGAUUUGAUAAUGCUUUGAUUUUCUUCCUAGACGCUGCUCUUUUUUAAGAUUCAAGGUCGAGUCAGUGUGCUAGUUUGGUUUAGUAGCGGGAGUGAGUCGGGACAGAGGAAAAUGUGGUGUGUGUCAGUCGGUUGGUGCUUGUCGUAUUUCUUGGAUGUUACCGUUAAAUAAUAGGAACGGCCUUGGUGCCGUUUCUGAAAUAAUAAUAGUAGCAUCCAUCCUCGUUUCCAAGAAAA